AUGUCGACCGAGAUGAAGGUCUCGCUCAGCAUCAAGGAGUACGUGCUGGUGUCCAUGACGGUGACACUCGUGCCCAUCCUGGGGCUGGAGCUCUACGGCGUCUCGCAUACUCGCAGCCACAACAAAGCCUUCCACGACGGUACGCCGGGCAUGCCGCAGCUUACGGACUUGGUGGUCGCAGGCGCCUCCGCUGUGCUGCUCAUUGGUGCGCGUUUUGUCGCUGGAAAAGCAUUUGCGCCCCUUGCUCGCGUCGUGCUCUCGCCUAAAAAGCGCGUGGUCGAAGACCGUGUACAUCGCUUCACCACUGUGUUGUUCAAGUUCAUGUGA